UGAAGGGCGAGCAACUACUGGAACGACCAGGUGACGUGAGGAGCGUUCCAUUCUGCCAGCGGUGGGCGGUUGCCACAGCUGUUUUAGGGCCCCAGCCAUAGGGGCCCCUUUUCAGGAGGAGGCAACCUUCGGGCUGGGGAGAAGUGGCUGCCACUUGGGGCGGCUGACGCAGUCCCCUGGGACAGUCCACUUCCUGCCCUCAGUGCCCAGCCGAGUUCAGGCUCCAGGGUUCAGGCGCACGGACUUUGACACUCCUCUGCUCAACUCGCCAGCUGCCGAGCCCCUGGCCAGGGGUGACUACACGUGGCGGGGCGUGCGCCUGGCUCCCCUUCCUGGUCUCUUCGUCUGCUAGGCCUGGUUAUCAGAAGAUUGUUUUCCAGGACUAGAAAUUGGACUUUUGAUGAUGUUUGACCCAGCCUCAGCAAUAGCAGGCAACGUGAUUUCAAAGCUGAGCUCAGCUUCUGUUUCUUCCCGCUCGUAAUCACAAAGCCCAUUUGGACCAGGAAUUCCAAUCAUGUCUGUGAUGGUGGUGAGAAAGAAGGUGACACGGAAAUGGGAGAAACUCCCGGGCAGGAAUACCUUCUGCUGCGAUGGCCGUGUCAUGAUGGCCCGGCAAAAGGGCAUCUUCUACUUGACCCUCUUCCUCAUCCUGGGGACAUGUACACUCUUCUUCGCCUUCGAUCUGCCUCCAAGAGAAGAUUUCUGUGUUGAUGAAGAAAAUGUGCCUCAGGAGGAGGAGAAUAAAAAUAGAUGCCGCUACCUGGCUGUCCAGCUGUCUCCUGCCAUUCCUGUGUUUGCUGCCAUGCUCUUCCUUUUCUCCAUGGCUACGUUGUUGAGGACCAGCUUCAGUGACCCUGGAGUGAUCCCUCGGGCCCUACCAGAUGAAGCAGCUUUCAUAGAAAUGGAGAUAGCAUCCACUCUACUUCGCAAAAAAAAAAGGAAAAAAGUUCCAUAAAGCAGAUAUUUUAAAAAUCAAAGUACGUCGAAAGAAUAUUCUGUUUUUAGAAUUUUCGUGCACAUUGAGGAUGCAACAGGACAGGGACUCUCAUAUGUUACAGAUGGGUGGAUGUGCAAAUUUAUACAGCUGUCUGGGAAGCAGUUUGACAAUAGUAGUAUGGGCUUGAUGGGUUCAUAUCCUUUGACCCUGUAAUUCUGCUUCUCUCGGAUUUUAGCUAAAGGAAAUAAAGAGAUUUAUACAAAUUACCAUAGAAGGAUUUUCAGUGCGUCACUUUUUCUGUUCUUUUUCUUUUCUUUUUAAUAUAGGCCUAGCUAUUUUAAUUCUGGCAAAUUCAUAUAUUACUGCUCAGACUUCAACAUGCUUUUCUUGUUUCUUUAUGUUUUAGAAAUUAAUUUUCACACAUAUAUUAUUGAGGAAGGGAGGAGGGGAUUGGGAUUGGAGUGAUGAUCAAAGGGAAUUUAGCUUUAUCUGUAAUAUUUUAAGUUUUUUUUUCAUGAAGUAUAAUUUAAAUAGUAAAAAAAAACCAGGCAGCUUAAAUGCUCAACAGUACAGAAUAGUUAAAUAAAUAAUAAUACAUGCAUAUGAUAGAAUGUUAUAUUGCCAAUAAUAAUGUUUUUAGAAAAAAAUUAACCAUGGAAAAAAUGUUUACUGUAUAAUCUUAAAUGGAAAAUAUGGGUACAACAUUGUAUGAUCUAAAAUUUUAAAAUAUCACGAAUGUUUAUACGUUAAGAGAAGAUAAAAAGAAAUACAUCAAAUGCAUGAAUAUCCUUGAGUUGAGAGAUGUCAGUGAUUUUUAUUUUUUUAUAUACUGUUUUUUCUCAAACUUUUUACAAUAAGCAUGUAUUACUUAUUUAAAAAUGUUUUUCUGAUUCUAAGUGUUACUAGUCUUUUUUAUGUAUAUAUAUAUUAUUUUGCAAGAAAAUAUCCUUUUAUGCAUAUUGCUUUUUAGCGUCCAUUUUCAUUUUGCAAUAUAUUGUGAAUGUUUUUCUGUUGUCAUUCACUCAUCUACAUCAUUUUAAAUGGCUGCAUAAUAUUCCAUCCUGUGCAUGUAUAAUAAUUACUUACCAACCUCCUAUUGUGACAUUUCAGUUUUUUUUUUCAUAUUUUUGUUAUUAAAAGGGACUCUGUGACAAA